AUGACUGCCUUAGUCUGUCCCUAUCUAUCUAUCUAUCUAUCUAUCUAUCUAUCUAUCUAUCUAUCUAUCUAUGAUGCUAAAGGCAAUUUCAAUCAGUUGAAUGACAAUCCUUGUACUAAUUCAAAUAUUCAUUCAUCUAUCUAUCUAUCUAUCUAUCUAUCUAUUCAUCUAUCUAUCUAUUCAUCUAUCUCUGCAUGUUACAAUACGAUCUAUCUAUCUGAUUUAGUCGAAAUCAAUUUCAUUCGGAAUCUAUCUAUCCCAGUUGAAAUCAAUCUAUCUAUUAUAUAUCAUUUCUUAACUAAUAGCAUGAGGAUGAUUCAACCUAUUAAUCCAAAGAGAAAGAAGUUGGUCUAUCUCUUCAAAGACUUUUCCUCUUUUCUUAUUGAUAACAGUAUUCUUCAUCCCUGGGACAACAGAUUCUCAUUUGUGCCAAAAUCUUAUUCUUAUUGUGAACAAUCUUCGAUACAGCUGCUCGAAUCCUUCCAAAGAUCGAGCAAUUGA